AUGGGGAGAAACAUCAAAGGAAACGAUUGCUCGCUCAAAACUCUAUCCGGUCCCGACAGGCUCAAAACUCUAUCAGGGAGAUUCGUUGUUCAGAUGGGAGGACUGUCACUAGUCAAGGGUACUACUACAGAAGAGUUGGAAAAUCUGCUUGGGUUCAGAUGUUCUUUGGAAGAUUGUAGGAAGUUGGAGGAAGAUGUCUCAGAGGAGGAAAUUCGAAAAGUGUUGUUUGCAAUGCCUUCUAACAAAUCUCUGGGACCAGAUGGGUAUCCUUGUGAGUUUUUUAAAACCUCUUGGCCUAUUAUAGCUCAAGAUUUCACAGUGGCAGUUCAGUCUGUUUUUAGAUUUGGAUUCAUGCCUAAGGGGAUUAACUCUACAAUCCUAGCUCUGGUUCCAAAAAGGAUUGACUCUAUGGAGAUGCGUGACUACCGUCCUAUUGCCUGUUGUAAUGUGCUUUACAAGGUGAUAUCGAAGCUCUUAGCUAAUAGACUCAAAGUGCUUCUACCUAGAAUCAUCUCUGCGCAUCAAUCUGCGUUUGUUCAAGGUAGGCUCUUGAUGGAGAAUGUAUUAUUAGCUACUGAGCUGGUAAAAGAGUAUCACAAGGAGGAUAUCUCUCCUCGUUGCUUGAUGAAAAUUGAUAUAUCCAAGGCGUUUGAUUCGGUCCAGUGGUCGUUUGUGUUGAAGAGUUUGGAAGCAAUAGGAGUACCAAGGAAGUUUAUACACUGGAUUAACCUCUGUAUAUCUUCUCCUUCAUUCUCAGUGCAAGUGAACGGUGAGCUAGCAGGGUAUUUUCAGAGUACAAGAGGAUUGAGACAAGGAUGUUCCUUGUCCCCUUACCUGUUCGUGUUGUGUAUGAAUGUCUUAUCCCAUAAGAUUGACAAAGCAGUGUCUGAGAAGAAGUUUAGUUUUCAUCCUCGGUGUAAAGCUAUAGCAUUAACCCAUCUCUGCUUUGCUGAUGAUUUAAUGGUCUUUGUGGAAGGGUCUAAGAAGUCUAUAGAGGGAGCUCUUUCUGUUUUUGAAGACUUUGCAAAUUGGUCGGGGCUCAACAUCAGUAUAGAAAAAUCUACUAUCUUCAUGGCAGGGGUUUCAACUGAAGAAAGAAGUAGGAUACUGAGGAACCUUCCGUUUGCAGUGGGGGAGUUACCUGUAAGAGUGCAGUUGAUCAAAGCUGUGCUAAUGAGUAUUAUAAACUUCUGGGCAUCAGUGUUUAGAUUGCCUAGACCGGAGCUCAAAACCACGAGAGCCAAGGUAGCUUGGAAGGAAAUUUGUAAGCUAAGGAGUGAGGGUGGUUUGGGUAUAAGAGCUUUAAAAGAAGUAAAUAUGGUUCAUGGUCUGAAGCUUAUAUGGAGGAUGCUUUCAGGGGAUUCAUUAUGGGGAGUUUGGAUAAAGGAAAAUCUACUUAAGAGAAAGAGUUUUUGGGAAGUGAAAGAGAAUACUCAAGCUGGUUCCUGGAUGUGGAAGAAAAUGCUAAAACUCAGAGACAUUGCUAAAGGGUUUUAUAAAAGGGAAAUAGGGAAUGGUUGUAAUACGUCAUUCUGGUAUGACAACUGGUCUUCUAAAGGUGCUUUCAUUGAGAUUUUGGGGGAAGGAGGAGUUAUAGAUAUGGGGAUCAGUAAGGAUGCUACUGUUAAGGAAGCAGUCAAUAAAGUUAAAAGGAGAAGAAGACGUUAUCGUACAGUGUUGCUUAACGCUAUAGAAACGGAAUUGCUAAUACUGGAAGAGAAGCUGAGUGAAAAUGGUGUGGAUGGCAGUCUUUGGAGAGGCAAGUCAGGGUUUAAGAGGAAAUUUUCAACUAAGGAGACUUGGUUGUUAGUGCGGGAAACUCAUGCUCAAAACUACUGGAAAAAAGAUAUUUGGUUUUCUAAGGCUACUCCAAAAUUUGCUUUCAUGUCCUGGCUUGCGAUGCUUGAUCAACUUUCUACGAUGGACAGAGUAGCAAGAUGGAGUCAGGGAGUGGAUGUUAUUUGUAUUUGGGAACAUCUAAUGAGGGGUGUGUUGCGUAAUUCUUAUACUACAGUUUGGUCUGAGGUGAUUGAUCUUCUUAUUUGGUCUGAGGUGAUUGAUCUUCUUAUGAGGACAGAUUGGGAUAAGAAGAGAUUAUUCUGUAUAAGGUAUGCAUUCCAAGCUGCUAUACAUAUGCUUUGGAGGGAACGAAACAAGAUUAAGCAUGGAGAGACUCCUCUACCUAUGGAAGUAGUGAAGAAGCUCUUAGAAAAAGGGAUUAGAAACAAGCUGAGUAUUCUUAGAUAUAAAGGAGGCAAGAGAAUGGAGAAUGCUCUUCAAUAUUGGUUUAGUACUAGAGUUUAA